UCCUGUGAAAACUUCUAUUCUCUGCGAUAUGCCUGCUUCUACGUAUCAGUCCUUGGGAACGCGCAUCGAUGAGUGGUCGACAAAGGCUGUGAAAACUUCUAUUCUCUGCGACUAAAGUUCUAUGGGAACUCAAAGACUGCGGCUAUGGUGAUGAGAUAAGCCCCCAAGUUCUAUAAAUUAUGUGAAAACUUCUAUAAGUUCUAUGGUCUCGUUUUGCGCUUUAGGGCGUAUAUUUUCGUGCUAUGUUGCAUGGAGGGGAGCGCGGCGGCUACCUGGCGGCGGAGAUGGAUCUUCUCGGCGGCCAGGUGAGAUCGCCCGGGAAUCACCACCACCACCACGGCCUGGGCGGCGCGGUGGAGGAGAUUGAUCUGGAAAUGGGGGCCGCGGCGGGGGUUGUGGACGAUGCGAGCUUCGCGCGGGCGGCAUUUGCGGUGGUGUCCUCGUCGCCCGAGGCGUCUGCGAAUCAGCAGGCGAUGCAUCACGUCCUGGAUGGAUCGCCGUCGUCGCAGGAGCUAUCGGCGCAGCUCUUGUCGUCGGACAAGCCCCGGAAGAAGAAGAAGGUCGUCAAGAAAUGGAGGGACGAGUGGGCCGACACGUAUAAGUGGGCUUGCGUGCAAAUGGUGGAAGGCUCGUCCAGGAUUUUUUGCUCGGUGUGUAAGGAGUAUGGACGCAAGCACAGGAGGAAUCCUUAUGGCAACGAAGGUAGUCGCAACAUGCAAAUGAGCGCUCUCGAGGAGCAUAACAAUAGUUUGCUUCACAAGGAGGCCUUGAGAUUGCAGCUAGCGUCGAAAGACCGGGGAAUUACGCUCUUGGAGAGGCCUAUAUACAUCAAAGCUCUUCUCUCCAAGAGCGCAGAGUCGAUCAUAGAGACUGUCAUUAGAAGGGAUCCUCACGAGAGUGAAUACAUCCAGGCUGUGCAAGAGAUUGUUCACUCGCUCGAGCCGGUUCUCUCCAAGAACAUCCAGUACCUCCACGUAUUGGAAAGCCUCUUGGAACCAGAACGAGUGAUUAUUUUCAGAGUUCCAUGGGUCGAUGACAAGGGAGAGAAGCAUGUAAACCGGGGGUUCCGUGUACAGUUCAAUCAGGCUCUCGGACCUUAUAAGGGUGGUCUUCGUUUCCAUCCGUCUGUUAACUUGAGCGUUCUCAAGUUUCUAGGCCUCGAGCAAACUUUAAAGAAUGCGCUCUCAACAUUCAGUUUCGGUGGUGCUGAGGGUGGCAGUGACUUUGAUCCGAAGGGAAAGUCAGACACCGAGGUGAUGAGAUUUUGCCAGAGCUUUAUGGAUGAGCUUUUUCAUCACAUCGGUCCUAAUCAGGAUACGCUAACUGGAGAUAUUGGCGUUGGAUUCCGGGAGCUUGGUUAUCUCUACGGACAAUAUCGGCGACUGACUGGAGAAUUUGAGUGUGCUUUAGUUGGAGGCCGGAACUUGCUCGCAAACUCCAAUUUACAUGCAGAAGCUGCUGGUCAUGGCCUGGUGUAUUAUGCCAAACAUGUUCUGGCGGACUUGAACAGGGAUAUCAAGGGCUUAAGGUGCCUUAUCAGUGGGUCGGGUAAGCUUGCGAUGCACGUCAUGGAGAAGCUUAUAGCUGUAGGAGCGGUCCCCGUUUCCUUAUCUGAUUCCAAAGGUUUUUUACUUGACGACGAAGGAUUCGAUGGGUCCAAAGCCAUGUUUCUAAAGGACAUGAAGUCGCAGCAAAAGCCUCUGAGGGAGUAUACAAGGAGAUACGUAAGAGCGAAAUAUUUUGACGAUGCCAGGCCUUGGGGCGAGAAAUGUGAUCUCGCAUUCCCUUGUGCUACACAGAACGAGCUUAACCAUUCUGAUGCACUGGCAAUUAUCUCUUCAGGAUGUCAUGUAAUUGUGGAAGGUUCUGAUAUGUCUUGCACGGCGGAAGCUAUCGACGUGCUUAGGAAGUCGAAGAUAAUCGUGGCUCCUAGCAAAGCUGCAAAUGCUGGAGGAGUAGCGGUUUCGGGGCUGGAGAUGGCUAGCAAAAGCAACCAAAUGCAUUGGACUGGCGAAGAAGUUGAUACCAAGUUACAGGAGCUCAUGAGGGACAUCUAUCAAAAGUCCGUGGCAGCAGCUGCAGCGUGUGGCCACUCUAAAGAUGGGCCAGAAGCUCUAGUCCACGGUGCCAACGUAGCUGGAUUCUUGCGUGUCGCGCAGGCGAUGCUUGAGCAAGGAUGCGUGUAAAGUGCGUUCUGCUCUGUCAAUUCGGGAGAGUAUCUUACAUCAUCGUUUUAUUCCACUCGUCGAGCAGCACGCGGUGCUAGCUAUCAAGGGACGACCAAAAGGAGGACAUUUACAGGUGAGACCCUGGGUCAGACGAGCUCAAUGGAGUCAUUUCGCUUUCGGCAAAGCCUCGCAGCUUAGACCACCUGUACUGCUCUGGCCAGUAUCUGCGUCAAAAAUGGAUGCGUUCGCCGCACAGCAGCGUUGAGGCCGUAGGCUAUGGAAUUGAAGAGGCCCUGGAACAAGAAUAAUGUAAGAAACUCUACUCUAUAUACGGACUCGUAGCGGUUGAAUAGAGGCACGGACCAUGAGAGAGGCAGUGCCUACGUCCAGCAAGCACAGCCAGAAGACUGGACGCUGUGGAGCAAUGAAGCUUUGGAUGCGAUUCAUUGUCCCACACGUCCAGGAACCGAUUAAAAUCAGAGGAUAGUAUCCCAGCCUGUUCAUAAUCUAAGAGAAGAAAAAUCAAACCAAAGUUUAAAACCAGCGA